GUCGCCCCGCCAGCAGGCACACGCUUGCUAUCACUCAUACACUCUAUACACGCUACUCUACGUCUCUUUCCCACCAUGCCCGGUCUUCCGUCUACCGUCGACCUGGACGAGUGCAUAUCGCGAUUGUACAAGAAGGAACUGCUGGCCGAGUCCGUCAUCGAAGCAAUAUGCGCCAAGACCAAGGAGCUUCUAAUGAAGGAGAGCAAUGUCGUGCAUAUCAGAGCCCCCGUUACCGUCGUUGGCGACAUCCACGGACAGUUCUUCGACAUGAUUGAAAUAUUCAAAAUCGGCGGUCCCUGCCCCGACACCAAUUACCUCUUUUUGGGCGACUACGUUGAUCGCGGUCUCUUCUCUGUCGAAACAAUAUCCUUGCUCGUCUGCCUCAAGCUCCGCUAUCCAGACCGGGUGCAUUUGAUCCGUGGCAACCACGAAUCCCGCGGCGUUACGCAAUCUUACGGAUUCUACACCGAAUGUUCACGCAAAUAUGGCAACGCCAAUGUGUGGCAUCACUUUACCGAUAUGUUUGAUUUCUUGACUCUGUCCGUCGUCAUCAAUGACCAGAUAUUCUGCGUCCACGGCGGUCUCUCUCCCUCAAUACACUCCAUCGAUCAAAUCAAAAUCAUCGACCGCUUUAGAGAAAUACCACACGAAGGACCUAUGGCCGAUCUGGUCUGGAGCGACCCAGACCCCGAAAGAGACGAGUUCUCGCUUAGUCCGCGAGGCGCAGGCUAUACCUUCGGGGCCCAGGUGGUAAAGAAGUUUUUGGAGGUUAACGCUAUGUCGCAUAUAUUAAGAGCACAUCAACUGUGUCAGGAGGGCUUUCAAGUUCUCUACGAGGAUCGUCUUAGUACGGUAUGGAGUGCGCCCAACUACUGUUACCGCUGUGGCAACAUGGCCAGCGUACUGGAGGUCAGUGACACUGGCGAGCGUUUCUUCAACGUAUUUGACGCAAGUCCGGACAAUGACAUUCACCGGGCGGAGCAGCAGCAGCAGCAAGGAAACCAAGUCACAACAGAGUACUUCCUAUGA